AAUUGGAUAGAACAUCAAAAAUACAUUCCUCAUCAAGUGAUCUAGAAGAGCAUAACACGAUUGCAUCAUCAUCAAAUUCAUCAGUGGUAAAAUGCGACAAUCUAACCCAAGAAAACCAACAACAAUCUGAGAAAAAUUCCAAUCGGCGGGAACAAAAUGCGGCGACAAUGCAUUCGUGAGUUAUCCAAUUUGUCUCUCCUCAUCGUAAUUCUUUCUCUCCUUCCUCUCCACUCCCUUUGCAGGCCUUUCUUCCUCGUCCUCACUCAAGACGAUCUUCGCGAGACAAUCAUCAACCCUAGCUCUCCUUCCGAAGAAUCCAACACCGAUCCCGACUCGUCCGAGUGGGAUGAGUUCGGCGAGUCCGAGUCCAAAUCAGAGGAAGAACUCGACCCUGGAUCAUGGCGCCCUAUUCUCGAAGACCCUCCGAGUCACGACGAGUCGUUGUAUUAUUCGGGGGUGUCGAAGAUGGUUUCUUCAUCGAGUUCAGGCGAGUUGAGAUUAAUGGAGGAGGCGUCGUCGGAAAUUGAAGCUGCAGCUAAGGCUGGUGAUCCUCAUGCUAGGUCUGUGCUAGGUUUAUUGUAUCAUAUGGGGAUUGGAAGAGAGAGAAAUAAAGCUAAGGCGUUUUUGUACCAUUUUUUUGCCGCUCUUGGUGGUAAUUUGCAGUCUAAGAUGGCUCUUGCUCAUUUUUAUGCUCGCCAAGAUAUGUAUGAAGAAGCAGUUAAACUCUAUGCCGAAUUAGCAAAAGUGGCAGUGAAUAGUUUUUUAAUUACUAAGGAUUCUCCUGUUAUCGAGCCGGUACGGAUUCAUGUUGGAGCAGAGGAAAACAAGGAAGCUUUAAGGAAGUCUCGAGGCGAAGACGAUGAGGAUUUUCAGAUACUGGAAUACCAGGCACAAAAGGGAAAUGCUGGGGCAAUGUACAAAAUUGGCGUAUUCUAUUAUUUUGGACUCAGAGGAUUGCGUCGUGAUCCUUCUAAGGCUUUGUCCUGGUUUCUGAAAGCAGUUGAGAAAGGAGAGCCCAGGUCGAUGGAGCUUCUUGGGGAGAUAUUUGUAAGGGGAACUGGGGUGGACAGGAAUUAUACAAAGGCUCUGGAAUGGCUUACUCUUGCAGCUAAACAGCAACUUUUUUCAGCUUAUAAUGGCAUUGGGUAUAUGUAUGUCAAAGGAUAUGGUGUAGAAAAGAAGAAUUUUACGAAGGCGAAAGAAUAUUUUGAAAAAGCAGCUGUUAAUGAGGACCCUGGUGGGUACUAUAAUCUUGGGGUCUUGUAUCUUAAAGGGAUAGGGGUGAAGAAGGAUGUGAAGCUGGCUUGCAAAUAUCUUAUGAUGGCUUCAAAUGCUGGUCAACCGAAGGCUUUCUAUCAGUUAGCAAAGAUGUUUCAUUAUGGCGUCGGUCUGAAAAGGAAUCUUCAAAUGGCUACUGCAUUGUACAAGUUAGUUGCAGAACGGGGACCAUGGAAUUCCUUGUCUAGGUGGGCUUUAGAGGCGUACUUGAAGGGUGAUGUGGGUAAAGCAUUACUCCUGUACUCAAGGAUGGCAGAAAUGGGUUAUGAGGUAGCACAAAGUAAUGCUGCGUGGAUUCUUGAUAAGUUCGGGGAACGUAGCAUGUGUAUUGGAGCAUCUGGACUAUGCAUAGAUACUGAAAGGCAUCAACGAGCACAUUCUUUAUGGUGGCAGGCUUCUGAGCAGGGUAAUGAACAUGCUGCCUUGUUGAUAGGAGAUGCAUAUUAUUAUGGUAGGGGUACGGACAGAGAUUAUGAACGUGCUGCUGAGGCGUAUAUGCAUGCAAAAAGUCAGGCUAAUGCACAAGCUAUCUUUAAUCUUGGGUACAUGCAUGAACAUGGCCAAGGACUUCCUUAUGAUCUUCAUCUUGCUAAACGCUACUAUGAUCAAGCAUUGGAGAUUGAUUCUGCAGCAAGAUUACCUGUCACCCUGGCUCUUACAAGCUUAUGGAUUCGGAAAAAUUAUGCCGACAGUUUUUUGGUGCACACAAUUGAUUCCCUCCCAGAAGUCUAUCCAAAAGUUGAAGCAUGGGUUGAAAAUAUCAUCAUGGAGGAAGGAAAUGCCACAAUUCUUACUCUUUUUGUUUGCUUGCUGACAGUUCUUUACCUUCGAGAAUGGCAACGUAGGCACGCUGUUGUUCCUCAGGUUGAUGAUGUUGCACAACAGCACAAUGAGCAGCUCAUCCACGCCCCACAUUGAGCUUCCAACAUAUGUAGUUUUGUUCCCCCGAGAUUGUCAUCGAUACAAAAUCUAGUUCCCUUCCCUUAUUUUGGGGGAUAAGAUCAACACUUUCAAAAUUUUCCUUUGAUACUUGGAAAGAGGAGGGGGGGGGGGGGGGGGGAGAACCUUUUACUCAAAUAUAGCAAGUAGAUCUUCUCUUAUAUUGUGAAUAGGGCACAUCGACAAUUGAAGCAAUUGUACAUUAAAAGCUCUACAUGAUGGCCUUGUUUGGCGAGCAUUUGUUAGUUCAUAGCUUCUUCUACUAGUUGAUGUGAGCAUUUGGUUUUCCUGCGUUUUAUUGGUAAUAAUUGAUGUAUGCUCGAAUGUACAAAUUGCAACACACAUGAACAUUCAAGGUGUUUGGUCAUAAAACCUGAAUUGUCCUCUAUUUCA